AUGGACCAACCGGUAGCUUCAUCAUCCCGGCGUUCUUCGAUAAUUCACCAAGAAGAGGAAGAUCAUACUACUCGACUAACUCUUGAAAAUGCCUCUCAAGCUCAAAUAAUACGAGCUCAUCAAAGAGAUUCCAGUACGAUAUACCAGCUCAUUGAGCUAGUAUCGGAAAUCACUAGGAACACAGCUGGUACAAGAUGGUUAGCUCAGAAACAGAGUGUAAUAGAUAUACUCGUCAAAGGUUUGUAUCUCAGUCUGACCUUUGGCAGAGGAUAUUCGACUUUGGGAGAAGAAUAUACGGAUAUAUUGCCUUUUCAUCUGCGGAGGGGAAGAUUACCCUCAAAGAAGAGAAGGAUAAUAACGAUUCUACUCUUACUUCUACCUUCUAUGAUAUUCUCACCUAUGACUACCAAUUACCUACGAACGACUACAUCGAAUGAAGAGCAAACUCAACAAACGAGAUUGGAAAAAGUCAAGAGAGGAUUGAUCAGCUUGAUUGACUCUCCACUUGGACGAAUUAUACCUGAGAUACAUAUGAUAUUAUUCCUGUUUAGAGGGAAAUUCUUCGAAUUGGCUAGGAGAUUAACGGGAUUAUCAUAUGUAUCUACCCUUCCACCUAAACCUAUAGAAAGGAGAGCACCAUCAUACGAGCCUUUAGGUUUAUUGAUGCUAUUACCAUUUUUAUAUCGAUUAUCGACACAGCUCCAUUCAUCAAUAUCUUCUUCCUCUUCUUCCGAAGAGUUAUCUAAGCCACAAGGGCAUCUAGCAAUACCAACACCAUACAAAGAUGAUAUCCUCCCAUUAUCACCUCCCUUAACUCCACCUCUUACAGCUCGACAGACCAUCCUCUUAGAAUCGCACAAUACAGCUAAAUACGACGAGGCCAAUACAUAUCUCACUCCUGACGCGUUGGAGUUACCCGAGAGACAGUGUACCCUAUGUUUGGAGAGUAGGGGGACAGGUGAGGGGUCUGGUGGGACGACGGCCGUGACGGAAUGUGGACAUGUGUUCUGUUGGGGUUGUUUAGGGGGUUUGGAGAAGCUCGAAUGCCCAUUAUGUAGACAAUCCUUGCGGAUGGAACGUCUUGUAGCAGCUUAUAAUCUGUAG